AUGCCUUCUGUCACACCCGAUACUAGUAAGGAGCAUUUAGAUUUCUAUUGUCUUGGUGGAGGAAAUGAAGUGGGUAGAUCUUGCCAUAUUGUGGAAUAUAAAGGCAAAGUUGUGAUGUUGGACGCUGGUGUUCAUCCCGCCUACUCCGGUAUCGAGUCUCUUCCAUUUUAUGAUGAUUUUGAUCUCAGCCGUGUUGAUGUUUUGCUUAUUAGUCAUUUUCAUCUUGAUCAUGCUGCUUCGCUACCGUAUGUCAUGCAGCAUACCAAUUUUAAAGGUCGAGUGUUUAUGACUUACCCUACUAAAGCUAUUUAUAAGUGGUUGUUGAACGACUUUGUGCGUGUUACAACCAUCACUGAUGACAGUAAUGGAAUGGACGAUAAUUCCAAUGCCUUUCUUUAUACUGGAGAGGAUCUAAAUACCUCUUUGGACAGGAUUGAGACUCUUGAUUAUCACUCAACUGUUGAGGUUGAUGGUAUCAGAUUUACUGCAUAUCCAGCGGGUCACGUUCUUGGUGCUGCAAUGUUCCUUGUCGAAAUGGGUGGUUUGAAAUAUUUGUUUACCGGUGAUUACUCCCGAGAAGAGGAUAGACAUUUGAGUUCCGCUGAGGUCCCAAACGUCACCCCCGAUAUGUUGAUUUGUGAAUCCACUUUCGGUACUGCUACCCACGUUCCCAGGUUAGAAAGAGAAACCAAGCUUACUACAGUUAUUCAUUCGACUCUACAGCAAGGAGGUAGGUGUCUUUUGCCUGUCUUUGCUUUGGGUAGAGCCCAGGAGAUCUUGUUGAUUUUGGAUGAAUACUGGCAACAACACAAAGACCUUCAAAGUGUACCAAUUUAUUAUGCAUCGGAUCUUGCUAAGAAAUGUAUGGCUGUUUAUCAAAGGUACGUGAAUAUGAUGAAUGAGAGUAUUAGGAAGAAAUUCACUGAAACUAAUGAGAAUCCUUUCCAUUUCAAGUUUGUGAAGAACGUCACUCAUAUCGAUAGGGUUGAUGAUUUAAGCCCGUGUGUGAUGAUUGCAUCUCCCGGCAUGUUACAAAAUGGUAUUUCAAGAUUAUUGUUGGAGAAAUGGUGUCCAGAUCCGAGAAAUACUGUUGUGAUGACCGGUUACUCAGUCGAUGGUACUAUGGCCAAACAGUUAUUAACAGAACCAGAUGAAAUACCUUCGUUAAAUAAUCCCGAUGUGAUGAUCCCAAGGCGGGUUAAUGUAGAGGAAAUAUCGUUUGCUGCCCAUGUCGAUUAUGAACAGAAUUCUGAGUUCAUAGAUAAGGUGAAUGCCAAAACCAUUGUGUUAGUUCAUGGCGAGUCCAAUCCAAUGGGUCGGCUCAAAUCUGCCUUGUUAUCCAAGUAUCAAAAGUAUAAAGACACGGAAAAUGAGGUGAAAGUCUACAAUCCUAGAGAUGGUACAAAAUUGGAGCUAGAAUUCAAAGGUGUGAAGAUAUCUAAAGUGAUGGGCCAAUUGGCUACUGAGUUACCCAAAGAACAUAAUACUGUGAGUGGGGUGUUGGUUCAGAAGAACUUUGAUCUUAAUCUAUUAAAAGUUGAUGACUUGCGUGAAUUCACAGGAUUGACGGCAACUGUAGUUAGAGAGAGACAGACUUUGCGUUGUAAUUCUAACCGCAAUUUGCUUCGUUGGCAAUUCUUACAAAUGUUUGGCUACAUCAAGAUUUUGGCAGAUGUCUCUGAUGAAUUUUCUUUCCAAGUUAUGGAUGUUGUUACUGUUACAUUGGAAGAAUCUGCAAGUAUUGCCACUGUUGAGUGGCAAUCAGGUAUAAUUGAUGACACUGUAGCUGAUUCAGCAAUUGCAAUUAUAAUGAGCUGUGAUUCCUUGCCGGCUUCUGUCAAGAUAUCCUCUAAAUCUCAUAAUCAUGAGGAUGCCGAUGUCAACGCAGAAGAAGUUUCCGUGGGAAUGGAGGACAUUGAGCAAAAUGGUCAACUCUCCUCUGUAAAGCGAGAACCUAAGAUAGCGGUCAAAGAAGAGAACUAUCAGGCAGCUUUAAAGAAGCUCGAUGGCGGCGAUGACGAUGCCAAUGAACAUCACGAGAAUGCAUUGGCCAAUUUUCCUACUUUGCAUAAUGAUUACAGUCCUGAAACACGGUUGCAUCAUAUUGAAGGACUCUUGAAGGUUCAAUUUGGCGAUAGCUUUACCAGUAAAGUUGACGAUCAUUGUGGCAUUAUCAAGAUUGGACGUCAUGAAGCCAAAAUCAAUUAUAAGGACUUUACAGUAGUCUGUCAAUCUAAUGUCUUGAAAGGUCGUGUGGAAGGUGUGUUGCACAGAUCUUUGGAUUUGGUAGCACCUCUUUCUCACGAGUAA